AUGGUGGAAAAAAGACUUCAUGAAACUGAAUCAUCUGAAUAUGAUUCAAAUAUUGAUAGUGAGCGGUCUGUUAGUGAUCAAGAUCCUGAUGAUAAUGUGGAGAAGACAAGUUGUUCCCAUAAAGUAAGCGGCAAAGAACGUAGUGACAAUCAACAAGACAAAAAAAAAAGAAAAAAGAAAUACAAGACACGCUAUUGCAAAGAGUGGGUAAAUAAGUUUCCAUUUGUUAAGCCUUGCAGUCAGUAUGUUAAAGACAAGGAAUACAAGUUCUUCUGCAGUGCCUGUAAUGUUAAUUUGUUCUGCUCUCAAGGAGGCAUCAAUGAUGUUUCUACUCACUCAAGUAAGUUUCAAUGUCAAUGAUUAUAAUUAUUCUUUAUAAGAUACACUUACAUUUAAUUUAUUGAAUUAUUGAUGAAUUUUAUAAUAGCUUCUUUGACUUUCAAAAAACUAAAUUUGACUUUCAGAUAAUCCUUUCUGCCUCAGCCCUCAAUUAGUACAUGUACACUACAUAUAAUUUGCUCCAUUUACUUUUAGAAUCCCAAAAACACAAAUCAAAUGAAAAAGCAGCAACAAGUUCAUCAUUAAGACAGUUUUUAAAGAAGCGUGAUGAUCCAUCAAUAGUAGUUCAUCCAUCGAUUCAGGCAGAGGUAAAGAUGGCCCUGAUGAUAGUCCACCACAAUACAUUUUUCAACUUGUCAGACCACCUGACUCCAAUUAUCAAAUCAGAGUUUCAUGGCAGUGCUGCAGCUGAAAAGUUUUCUUGUGGGCGAACCAAAACAUCUGCCAUUGUUAAUUGUAUAGGAGCAGAUUUCAAAAUAGAACUGGUAAAUUAUAUGAAGAACUCUCCAUUUAGCAUCAUGAUUGAUGGAAGUAAUGACAAUGGUAUUGCAAAAAUGUAUCCGAUCACAGUGCGUAUAUAUGAUGAUGAGUUUAACAGAGUCAUGACCAAGCUUUUUGACAUAAAUCUCAUUGAAGGACGUUUAAGUGGGACAGCUGCAACUAUUUUUGAACAUGUUGAUUCUAUUUUUGAUAAAUAUGAAAUCCAUUGGAGUUUUGUGACAGGACUUGGGGUAGAUAACACCAAUGUGAACAUUAAAAGUCAAGUUUUGGCAAAAGAGCCCAAGGCUGUUGUGGUAGGUUGCCCCUGCCAUAUGCUUCACAAUGCAGCAGGUAAAGCGGCGAAUGCCUUUGGAACUGUCACAGGUUUUCACAUUGAAGAUAAUUGCGUGGACUUGUAUUACUGGUUCGAUAAGUCUACCAUGAGAAAAGGAGCAUUAAAGGAAUAUUUUGAAUUUUGUGACACAGAGUAUGAGGCUGUGGUGAAGUAUAUCUCUGUCAGAUGGCUUUGCCUAGAGCGUUGCCUGGAUCGGGAGCUGAAGAAAUAUGUUGCUCUGAAAUCAUAUUUUUGCUAAGAAAAUGAACAUGACAACAGAUUUCAACGCCACAAUGCUGCCUUCAAUGACUCCAUGAGCGAACUGUAUCUCUUUUUUUCAAUCUGUAAUUGCCAUGUUCACCAACUUCAACAGGUUCUUGCAAAGGGAAGAUCCUCUGCUCUACUUGAUGAAUGAACAAAUGGAAGUAUUUAUGAGCAAGUUAGCAUCAAAGUUUGUAAAACCAUUGAAGGUAAUAGCACAUAAACAAAAUGAAGGAUCUAUGAAAUCACUAGUAAGAAAAAUGAGAAGUCUUUUGGAUGAAGGAGACAUCAAUCUUCAGAGUAUUGACAAAUUUUAUGAUGGUGUCAGGGAGUUCUAUAGUACAGCCUUUGCAUAUUGCACUAAAUGGUUGCCACUCAACAACACCUUGCUGAAAAACUGUAUUUUCGUUGAUUUCAAGAAAAGAAAUCAAUGCAGCAUGGACAAUGUUGAAGAAGUCCUUUCUGCUCUUAAACACAUUCACAGUGAUUUAAUCAAUGAUCCUCGGCCAAUGGAUAUUUUAGAGGAGGAGUUUCUUGUUUACCAGGCAAUGGCUGAGACAGAUAUUCCUGAACACAUAUGGAAGGAGUCUGUGGUUACAGAGAAAACCAAUGUUGAUGGUGGUGAAACAUUAACAUAUCAUCAUAUGGAUAUGAUUUGGGGAUACCUUUGAGAUAAACUGCCAAAUCUUAGUAAA